GGGCGGGGCAGGGGAGGCAUAUCGGGUAGCGACAGAUAUCUGUGCUGUACAGUCUCCUUCAGUUCGCCCUCCAAUCCUUUCGGUUCACCACGGCUGCUUAGCGCUGGGGUUAAGUUAAUUAAACUUAUUUAAGUUAAUCCACAGCUUUAUCUAUUAGCAGACAAUGGCAGUCCCCCCAACAUAUGCUGAUCUUGGAAAAUCUGCCAAGGACAUCUUCAACAAGGGAUAUGGCUUUGGUCUGGUGAAACUUGAUGUCAAGACGAAAUCAGCCAGUGGAGUGGAGUUUAAGACUUCAGGUUCCUCCAACACUGACACCAGCAAAGUGGUGGGCAGUCUGGAAACUAAAUACAAGAGGCCUGAGUAUGGCUUGACCUUUACGGAGAAGUGGAACACUGACAACACUCUAGGAACAGAGAUCACCAUUGAAGACCAGAUUGCAAAAGGGCUGAAGCUGACUUUUGAUACAACCUUCUCACCAAACACAGGCAAGAAGAGUGGAAAAGUCAAGACAGCCUACAAACGGGAAUAUGUCAACUUGGGCUGUGAUGUUGACUUUGACUUUGCUGGUCCAACUAUCCAUGCUGCUGCUGUAGUUGGUUAUGAAGGAUGGCUUGCUGGCUACCAAAUGUCUUUUGACACAGCCAAGUCCAAGAUGACCCAGAACAACUUUGCUGUAGGCUACAAGACCGGCGACUUCCAGCUGCACACCAAUGUUAAUGAUGGCUCAGAGUUUGGUGGCUCCAUCUAUCAGAAAGUGAGUGAUAAGAUGGAGACAGCGGUGAACCUGGCCUGGACUGCAGGCAGUAACAGCACACGCUUUGGCAUCGCUGCCAAGUACCAGCUGGACAAGGACGCCUCCAUUAGUGCCAAAGUGAACAAUACCAGCCUUGUUGGUGUUGGAUACACACAAACUCUGAGACCAGGUGUGAAGCUGACCCUGUCUGCCCUGGUUGAUGGAAAGAGCAUCAAUGCAGGUGGCCAUAAGCUGGGUUUGGGGCUGGAGCUGGAGGCCUAAAAUCCUGCACUCACUCAUAUCAGGGACAAGGGAAUAUCAGAGGAAUCUGGCCUUAAAUCUUAACCAGCAGGGGAAUUCUGGAUGGGAAGGGAUUUGUUCAAAGACUCCAACAAAUACGACCAUUUUUAGUAGCCAUUGCAGUGGUGUUCAUUCUUUUCCCCGUGGUGUCUGUUUUUGGUUAGUACUACUGUUAAAUACAGUCACUUUUGGUUCUGCCACAAAUCUGAUUUCUUAUCUCACACUCCUUUGUUAGUUUAAUGCUCUCCUGUUGCAGCGGUGGGUGUCUAAGCCUGCAUGUUGCGUUUCCUCUCCAGUAAGGGAUUUGUGGUAUUUGGGAGAAUGUGAUGGAUUUUUUUUCACCUGUGUCUAUCACCUGAUAUUCCUUAGUCAGCUGAACUUAAUAUGUGCAACCAUUAACUACAUUUUAAAACCCAUAUCUGCUUAUAUUUAAAUAAUGUUAUUUUUCUUUCCAUACACACAAGAAGAACCUUGCUCCAUAAUACCAUUUCUCUCUGUCAGCCAUCAUGAUUUGAAACCUAGUUGCACUUGAAUCCUGCCCUUAAACUAAGCAGUUUUUGGGUGGCCUAAAUGGAUGAAUGAAAGCAGUUGAAACCUGUUUGGGAGAGCAUGGCUGGCAUGUUCGUUUUUUUUUUUUUUUUUCCUUGCAAAGAUGACUAGGUGGAGCUUACGGUAAUGCCAAAAUGAUGUGUUUUGAGUACCUAAAGCUUUCAUUGUUGCCAUUAUGAACCUGAUUUGCUGAGGUCAUGCUUUCACAAAACCGUAGAGGUCCUCAUGUGUAUGUGUAAACUUUUCAAUAAAGUCUUUGAACCCCA